AGGGAAAGGGGCAGAAACACUGGGGAAGCCAUGAGGUUGAACUUCCCUUUCCUGAAAUGCUGGGAACAAAGGGAGUUGUAGUUGGGAAUACUCAACCUUCUCAAGCCUCCUCUGUUUGAUGUUUUUUCCCUGGAUAUAAUAUGCUGUUUCAGUACUGAAGUGUAUAUGUGUUCUUUGAUAUGCAGUUUUUCCUAACUCUAUGUUUUUGAGGCUGUGGGCGGGGCUGCAGACCAUGUGACCAGAUCAGGGACUGUUUGGAACACAGUCAGAAGAUGACAGUUGAGGGAUGACAGUUGGAAGAAGACAGUCAUCAAGGAGAGAUUUACAGAGGUCUAUAGCGUUGAAGAGACUGAGAAGGACUGAAAGGAAACAAAGAUCUCUCACCAGGGAUAUCUCGAUUUGCUUCUGAAGUUUUGUCUAGUCCAAGUGCGCUAACUGUCCACGACCAUGAAUCACAGUGAGUGACCCAUUUGGAGAAGUCAGACACAGCAGCCUUUCUCUGGACCAAGAGAAAACAUGGCCAGAACAGACGAAGCAGACGCCUCGGGUCUCUGCUUCAAGUCUGCAUUGGUGCCAGAAGAGAGGGUGAAAGUGCAAGACUUCACAGCAAAGAGAGGCAGAGAAAUCUUGCAUGCCAUCAGUGAUGGGAAUGACAUGGGAUUCAGGGGGAAAAUUGUGCCAAAGACUCUGGUUGAGGAUAAUAUAGAUGCAUACGUUGAAUGUCAGAGUUUCCAGCAGUUCCUAUAUGAAGAGGCCAAGGGCCCCCGAAUGCUUUGCCAGCAUCUCUGGGAACUUGGCCUUCGGUGGCUGAAGCUGGGACAGAACACGAAGGAGCAGAUCCUGGAGCUGGUGAUCCUGGAGAAAUUCCUGGCCGUCCUCCCCUUGGAGAUGAAGAUCUGGGUCAGGGCAUAUGGCCCUGCAAACUGCGCCCAAGCGGUGGCCCUGACAGAAGCGUUCUUAGUCAGAGAGCAACAGGACGGGAGGCAGGGCCCGGUGACCUUCAAGGAAGUGGCUGUGAAGUUCUCGGAGGAGGAAUGGGCUUUGCUGGAUCUGCACCAGAGGGCUUUGUAUUGGGAAGUCAUGGUGGCAAAUUAUCAUACUGUGUCCUCCCUGGCAACCCUUCUGAUCUCCAGACCUGACUUCAUCUCCUGGGUUAAAGAAGAGGAAGAACCAAGAGUAGAGUGUGUGGAGGAAGGGGCAAGAUUGGCAGGGAAUUACCAAGUUGAGGAGAACAAAGAUGGGAGCGGUCACCCAGAAAGAUCUGAGCAGCUGGACAAUGGCAGGGGAACAUCAUUGGAAAAGAUUGAAGAGUAUGAUUCACGGGGUCUUAAUGUUAGUGUGCAUGACUGUUCUCAAGAGGGGGAAGGCCCAUACAGAUGUUCCAAGGAGCCAAGAGAGGUUUGCCGGCAUCUCUGGGAGCGUGGCCUUCAGUGGCUGAAGCCAGGAGAGAACACAAAGGAGCAGAUCCUGGAGCUGGUGAUCCUGGAGAAAUUCCUGGCUGUCCUCCCCUUGGAGAUGAAGACCUGGGUCAGGGCACAUGGCCCUGCAAACUGUGCCCAAGCAGUGUCCCUGGCAGAAACGUUCUUAGUCAGAGAGCAAAAGGACGGGAGGCAGAAAGCUGCGGGCCGAGUGACCUUUGAGGAAGUGGCUGUCAAGUUCUCAGAAGAGGAAUGGGCUUUGCUGGAUCUGAGCCAGAGGGCUCUGUAUUGGGAAGUCAUGUUGGCAAAUUACCAUACUGUGUCCUCCCUGGAGAAUGACCAAGUUGAGGAGAACAAAGAUGAGAGCGGUCAGCCAGAAAUAUCUGAUCAGAUGAUCAAUGGCAGGGGAACAUCACUGGAAGAGAAUGAAGCGAAUGAUUUGCAGGGUCUUAACAUUAGUGUUCAAGACUGCUCUCAAGAGGGGGAAGACCCUGAUGGAUGUUUACUCAGUGAUCAAUCUCUCCUCUUUGAGCACAGAAAGUCCCACCCAAGAGAGAAGCGAUUCAGCUGCUCUUUCUGUGAAAAAAGGUUCAGUAAGAAGGUAUAUUUAACAGCACAUGAAAGAACUCACACAGGAGAGAAACCCUACAAAUGCCUCGAGUGCGGCAAAAGUUUUGUGAGCCGCACAUCCCUUUUCAUCCAUAGGAAAAUCCACACGGGAGAGCGGCCCUUUCCGUGCCCUGAAUGUGGCAAAAGGUUCAAAAAUAAACAGGCCCUGAGUAAACACAAGGUCGUCCAUACGGGAGAGAGGAAAUAUUUAUGCACCGUGUGCGAGAAGAGGUUUUCCAAUAAAGGCAACCUGAUGACACACAUGAAGAUCCACACGGGGGAGAAGCCCUACAAAUGCCUCGAUUGCGGCAAAAGUUUCAUAAGCCACGUGUACCUUAUCGUCCAUAGGAGAAUCCACACGGGAGAGCGGCCCUUUCCGUGCCCUGAAUGUGGCAAAAGGUUCAUUAAUAAACAGGCCCUGAGCAAACACGAGGUCGUCCAUACGGGAGAGAGGAAAUAUAUAUGCGCUGUGUGCGACAAGAGGUUUGCGUAUAAAGGCGACCUGGUGAGGCAUCGAAGGAUCCACACAGGGGAGAAACCACAUUGCUGCCACAUGUGCGGGAAAGGUUUUAUUCAGAAAGCGUGCCUCGUUGAGCAUGAGCUGAGCCAUCACACAGAUCAUCCGUAUGUCUGCUCGGAGUGCGGCAAAACGUUCAAACGGAGGAAAGGCUUCCUUUCGCACAUGAAGACGCAUAGGGGAGAGAGUGCGCCAGAAUCCACAAAGAAGAGUGUAAACAAUGAGGAGUCCGUUGUUGCAACCAGCAAAGAGAAAUCCCAUCCCUGCCUGACUUGCGAUAAGAGCUUCCAAUCGAGAUACCACCUUAUCCUUCACCAGAGGACCCACACUGGAGAGAAACCCUAUCAGUGCUCUGAAUGUGGGAGACGUUUCAGUCAACAGGCAGGGCUCUACAUACACCAGAAGGUUCACACAGGCGAAAAGCCGUUUUUGUGUACCGAAUGUGGAAAAAGCUUUCAUAACAAAAGCAAUUUAGCCCGGCACCAGCGAAUCCACACGGGGGAGAAGCCGUUCAUGUGCCAAGAGUGUGGGAAGAGCUUCAACCAGAAGGCUUCCUUGGUGGCGCAUCAGACGACCCACAGCCAAGACAAGCGCUACUCGUGCCCAGAUUGCGGGAAGACCUUCAAGCUGAAAGCAUCCCUCCACAUACACCAGAGAACUCACACGGGCGAGAAGCCCUAUGAGUGCUCCCAGUGCAAGAAGCGAUUCGUUCGACGUUCCAACCUGAGACAGCAUGAAAAGACCCAUGCAGGUGUUUCUUCUUCGGACACAACCCAAAUAAUUUUGACUAAUUCUACUUCUGAGCUGGCCAUGGAAACGAAAGAAUCUACGGAGAUGUGUGUGGAAACAUUUAACGCUACUGUGGUGAAUGUGGAUGGUGUGUUGUUCCUUCUGCAAACUUCUGCAUAAAUCUGGAUCAUCUUCAUUGGGAACCAAGAUUCGGUUCAACGAUUAAGAUGGUCGGUCUGCCUGGAAAUGGAGGUUUUCCGAAUAUUCCUCUGUGCUUAUUUUCUGUAACAUAUUUUUUGUUAUACCAGUCUACAGCAAAAUGUAUUGAGAGCUGUUUAUGAUUAAAUCUUUCUUUUAAAAAGAAGCAAUAACAUAAUAUUAAAGGUAUAAAAGGGGGAAGGGAGGCAGAGAAUAUAAGAUAUAUAUAUUUAUAUAUUUCUCAAAAUGUGUCUGUGAUUUCCUAACCAGAUGCUCUCCAGAACAAGAACUUGGAAAGGGGUGUGUGUGUGUGUGGGUUUGAAUUCCACCUUUCAGCCAUUGCAAGUUGAAGAAUUUCGAGGUUUCCGGCCAGAAAUGCAGACCCCGAACUUAAGAAGACUGAGAAAGGCCAAGAUAGACAAAGAGAAGAAAGGAUGGAGAUGAAAUCAAUCCCUCCCCUUUAAAACAUAAUUGCUAGAAUGAAAUAAUUUAUGGUAUAUAGACUAAUAGAGGAAAGGAUGGAGGUGAAAUGACUCCUAGAAUGGUUUGCAUGAAAUCUUUUGUGUCUCUCUGGAUGUGUUUCCAUUGCAGAAUUAAUGUGAUUUGAUACUACUUUGGCUGCCAUGGACCAGUGCAAGGGAAUCAUGGGAGUUGUAGUUUUACCAGGUCUCCUUUUAGUCUCCUUUGCCAAAGAGUGAGUGCUAGUGCCUCACCAAACUACAACUCCCAGGAUGCCAUCGCAUUGAGCCAAGGCGAUUCAAACUGUAUUCAUUCUACAGUGGAAUUGCACCCCUUGCAUGGACCUUGAGAACUCUUCAUCCAGCAGGACGGAUACUCUCUGAUGCUCACACAGACACUUGCCUCCUGAAUCUUGAGAGCCCAAAGGAUGCGCACUGAAUCUCUCCAAGGUGUCCAUGUGUCCAUGCUUGUACUAUCUAUGUGUCCGCUGCAGUUUAUAUUGCAGGAGCAUUGCCUUGCUUGUGUAUCCCACCAUGAUAGUCCUCAUGCGAAACCGAUUAAUCCAUGGAGAUGAAGCCGAUCUCCACCCACCCAGUUUUCUUUCUUGUUGGUUUCCAUCCAGUUUGCACAUGCUGUAGAAUCAAUGCACUCUGAUGUCGUGGCUCCAAGCCAUGGGAUCCUGGGAGUUGUAGUUUGGUGAGGCACCAGUACUCACUCUUUGGCAGAUACUACGAUUAACAGGAUUCCAUAACAUUGAACCAUGACAAAGCACAAUAAUUCUGCAGUGUGGAUGCACCCAUAUUCAUACAUAAUCUAAAGCAUUUCUUGCUCUCGUUUGAUUGAGUUUUCUUUUUACUUGAUUUGUGGGUUGUUGCUCUGAAUGCUGCUCUGAAUGCUUCUAAUUAUUUUUGUAUAAAGGCCAGAAAUUAUUUUGGAUUGCAACCUCUUCGACUAAAUAAACUGAUGUCUGCACUCUG